UGGACAGAGCCACUGGACAGUCUGUGCUGUGACCUGAUCUCUCUGGGUGGAGUUCGAGCUGGGGGAGGUCGCUGAACAUUGAAGCUACUGAAAUUCUCCUCAGAAAACAUUCGUCAAAAGAACAUGAAGCUGUCUUUAAUCCUUCUGUUUCUCCAGCUGUGGGGGUGUGUGGAAGUUUCUUUGUCACAAAAUGUGUGUUCAGAGCUCCCAAAUGUUCCUCACGCUCACGUGUCAGAAGGAACCAGCAAAGCUGUGUACCAGGAAGGAGAUGUGAUACAUUUUUCUUGUGAAUCUGGUUACAUAUCAGAUCAAAUCUCGAAAUUUGUAUGCACAACUGAUGGUUGGCUGGUGGUCCGUCAGGGGAAGUGCUACUCAUGUUCAACGCUUCCAGAUGUUCCCCAUGCCCAAGUAACACAAGAGACAAGAAAAUCUCAGUAUCAAGCAGGAGACAUGAUACAUUUUGAUUGUGAAUCUGGCUAUACAUCAGCUCUCACCAUCAAAUACGUAUGUACAACUGAGGCCUGGCAGCCACUCCAAAAGGGGUCGUGCUACCUUUCAUCUUCCAGAUGUGACCCUCCUCCUACAGUUCAAGGGUUAACAGUGAAAGGUUUACCAGAAAAUUGUCUUCCCAUACGUCCCAAUCACAUCCUCACAUUCAGCUGUGAUGGUCCUGGGAAGUAUCUGAAUGGCGUUUCUGUGCUGAUAUGUGGACAAGAUGGACAAUGGAAUAAUCCAUUCCCGACUUGCAUAGAUCGAUCUUGUAAAGUCGGUGUUAUGCAUCCUCAUCUCUACGUAGCUGGAUUACCACCAUCAAAUGAAAUAAUGGCGACUGGACAUAAAUUGCGUUUUCUUUGCAGCAAUACACAUGAACUAAUUGGGUCUACAGAAAUUGAGUGUUUAGAAAAUGGACAAUGGAAUUCCUCCUUCCCUACUUGCUCUGUUGAACGCAGUUGUGGGAGGCCACCACCUGUUUCAGACGGAGACACCAAAACAAGUACUAAACAGCAGUACCAACAUAAUGAAAGGGUUGAAUAUAUCUGUCAGAAAUGCCACAUCAUGGUUACUGGACCGUUCAAAACCUGUGUGGAUGGUGAAUGGAUUGGAGAGAUUAGAUGUUUGCUACUUAUAGGGUGUUCUAUUUGGUCUGAUUAGAUUAGACAUGUUGCGACACUGGAAGUGCGUCAGAGGUGUGAAAAUGGUGUGAUACAUUUGCCAACUUGCCAGUAAGGAGGUUUUGAUGUAAUAAGUUAGUUAAACAUGAGUACACCAAUGUGUAAAUAAUUAACCAGAGUGAAGUAAUAGUGCUGUUGUGAUCAUUUUAAUAAAAGCAUAUAAGCUAA